AUGCAUUUCAUCAAGGCAUCGGCCACUUUGGCCGUGGCCGUGGCCUCCUUGGCCAAAGCGGCUGCCCCUAUUCCGCCACAAGCAGUGAAUGAGCUUCAGGCUUAUGCAACCAUUUUCAACGACCCCAACGUGAACAAGACGGAAUACGGCGUACCCAUGGAGGUACAGGCCCGGCAACAUGCAGAGAGUUGCAACAAGCAGUGCGGUCUCGUCAUUCAGCUCAUCGCCAAGGAAGGCUGCGGCUCCGGAUGGGAGGAACAUUGGGCCAGUUGCGAGACUUGCAUUUUCCACAAAGUGCAUGACGGCACGGAAUUCAACACCACGUGGGCCCCUGGCUUGAAAAAAGCUCUUGGAAUUUGCGGUCGCGACCCCCAACUGGAUAGGCACCCCGAUUACGAAAAGAAUGACUGCCACUACGCCUGCGGUAUAUUGUCGAGCUACAGACGCGGGGACGACUGCCCCGAUGACUGGCAGAUAUGGGAGAGGAGUUGCAAGUCCUGUUUCGCCAGUGAAAGACUCGGGCCUCUAAUGGAGGAGAACUAUCGCCACGGCGUGAAUCUGGCUCUGAAAAAGUGUCGUGGCCACCGCGGCGCUGCCCCGGGCGUCAACGCCGCGACGAGCGAGGCCGACGUGGCAACGCAGAGCAAGUCGACGGAUGGGCAAGUCGAUUGGAGCGCUGUCGGAAUCAGUAUGGGCCUUUCCAAGGACCAGACUGCUUGCCACGCCGCCUGCGGUAAGACGCCGAUCAUCUGCUGGCUUGGGAGACUCACUCCCGUCCAAGGCGAGGGCCGAGGGCUGACAUGA